AUGGCAUCUCACUCACAAAUGCAAUUAAUAUCAGCCCAACGUGAUUCUAUAGAAUCUACUACAUCGAUGUGGGAAAGUAUUUAUGAACAAUUUCCUGCAACAAAACAAGAUGCUCCAUUUGGUAAUGAUGAGAAUAAAAAUUCACUAGACGGAAAUCUGUCAGAUAACGAUAAUGAAGAGUAUGAAAUUGAAAAUAAUGAACCAGAACCAAGUCCGAGGAAUCAACGAAAAAUUGACACAAAUCAAAAUAUUAGACCUUGGAAAAUACCCACAACUCAAAAUCAUUUAAUAAUUAUUGUGAAUGACGAGAAACAUUUCGAUCAAGUUAAGCAAAAUAUAAAAAGGGACUUUUCAAGACAAGGUUUCAAUUGGAGUGAUGAAGAAGAAGAAAUACGCCCAUGGUGUUUUGGGUUAACAUCAAUACAUGUUAAAUUUAUUCAGUCAAAGAUAAUUGAUUUGUCAAUACUUUCUUUAGCUUCAUCUAUACCUUUUUGGUUAACAUUUAAAAAAGAAAAAGAACAAAACAAAUCAGACGAUCAAAGGAGCAAAAAGCCAAUUCGUCAUAGACUCAAUUUAAAUUACGAUGUUUCACUUCGUUAUGGUGCAUUGACUAAUGUAAAUGAAUUUUUUUAUGCACAAAACCAUUCAUUCGGCAAUAAUGACUACUUAAAUUGGUCGUUUUUUUUAAAUGAUCAAUCUAAUAAUAAUGGCUGUAUUGAUUGGAUCAUAGAAAAUUCUGAAACAAGAUUAAAAAAACAGUUAUUAAUUUCUAAUAUUAAUCAUUCUGUUAUCAUUGAUUCAGAUGAAGAUGGUUUUAGCUUAUAUAUAUGCCAAAAAUGCAACAUGAACGAAUUUAAGAGUAAGUCAACCGUGAACCAAAACUAUCGUAAUAAUCGCGGAAACAAUUUUUCACGUCCACGUUCGAAACAUAACAAAGAAAAUGUUUUAAAAGAUAGUGACCCACCACCAUCUCAUCGUCGGUCAAGCCAUGGACCUCGUAAAGCUGUACCAAUUGGCUCGACAAAUGAUGCAUACAAGUCUAAACCUCUUAAUACUGAGGGACUUCAUCAGACAAAUCAUCAAUCUCGACAACAACAAAGAGCCACUUAUGACCCACUUCAGAGAUGUAGUGAAUAUGGAGGUUGCUACUUUUCCACUGUUGAAUUUAGUAUGCAUUAUAAUCCAUUGCAUGUAAGACAUCCUCAACAAAAUAUUAUCAAUGAAAUAAAACAAAAGCUUUCAACACUUAUCGAAUAUUUCCUUGCACAAAGAAUAACUGUUUGUUAUGGAAAAAUUAAUUCAAAAAGUGGACCAACGCCUUAUUUAUUUUUUCAAGAAAGACUACCCGAUUUUCCGUCACUUAUAAUGAAAUAUUCAUGGCAAUUACUUUCUAUUGUUGGAUAUCGUUUACAAAUCCAAGUAUAUAAGGAAAAAUUCAUUGAAAAACUAUUUAAAUUGAGUGAAGAACAAUACAAUCCUGAUGAAUUAUUCUAUCGUGUAUGUGUUUAUCUUUCACGUAUAUGUUCACUGAAACCCUUUGCGAAUAUAAACGAUGAAUUACAACAUGCAGUUAAUGAAUCAACGAGAAAACGAACUGCUUCGGCUUAUGGUUUAGUUAGUAAAAUAGUUGCUUCAGACGAAAAUGAAGCUUAUAUUCCAUCAAUUUCGUUAACACCAACAACAAUACGAAUAAAACCAUUAAAAUUAUGUCGAACAAAUCGAGUUCUUAGAGCUACUGAAAAAUUUGGUAGAUCAACCGAAAAUUUUGCUCUUGUUGAUAUUCGUGAUGAAAACAGUUCAGAUUUACAAUCGCAUCAUUUUCUUCAUUUACAUGACUUUCUACUUAAGUUUUUGAAUGAUGGAUUUAUAUUAAUGAAUGAUAAUCGAGAAUAUAAAUAUUUACAUCACUCUCAAUCUCAAUUGCGUUCAAGACAAUUUUGGUUCUAUCAUCAUAAUAAUUAUGACAAAGAUCCCAGCAGAAGAAAUUGCAGUUUUCAAGAAGCCUAUAAUUGGAUGGGAGAGUUUGAUAAGGAAGAUAAUCCAGCUAAAUAUGCUGCUCGUAUGGCUCUUUGUUUUACUACAACAACAGCAACUGUUCUGGUACCAAAAGAGAGAGUUAUACACCAUGCACCGGACAUCAAGACUGAAGUCAAUGGAAAAACUUUAUUAUUUACAGAUGGUUGUGGAAAAAUGUCAAUUGAAUUCAGAAAUAAAAUAAAAAAAUCUCUCGAUAUCCGGACGGAUUUUAGUUGUGUUCAAUUUCGUUAUAAUGGUGCCAAAGGGGUCGUUAGUAUUGAUCCUGAAAUGCCAGCAAAUACUGAUCUAGUUAUUCGUGAUAGUAUGGAAAAAUUCAAAACUGAUCAUGAGUUCUUUGAAGUAUGUAAACGCUCAGCACCUCGAGGAAACUUUCUCAAUCAACAAGCGAUUCUACUUUUAUCUUAUCGAAAAGUGCCUGAUUCAUCAUUUCUUAUACUUCAACAAGAAAACCAUCUAAGGCUUAUUCGGGCUCUUCUCCGAAAUUCUGAUGCAGAAAAAAUUAUCCUUGAAAAAGUUCCAACAUGGUUUUUGCCUAACGAUAUACAUAUGGCGAAUAUUGAUUAUAUUCAUGAACCAUUUUUCAGACAUUUACUUAUCAAUGCAUGUUUACAAUCAACAAGAGAUUUACUUAGAAAAGCACGUAUUCGAGUUCCACCAAAUAAAGGUCGAAAUAUGUUUGGUAUUGUCGAUGAAUAUAAUGUUCUUAAACCUGAUGAAAUAUUUAUUCAAUACACAAAAAUUGAAGAUGGUCGACCUCGUAAUAAAACUGAAAUACUUGAGAAAUGUAAAGUUGUCAUUACAAAAAAUCCUUGCUAUCAUCCAGGCGAUAUUCGAACAUUUACGGCUGUUAAUCAUCCAAGAUUACAACAUUUAAAAGAUGUUGUUGUUUUUUCACAACAAGGUGAUCGUCCAGCUCCACAUGAUAUAAGUGGAUCUGAUUUAGACGGAGAUGAAUAUUUAGUGGUUUGGCAUGAAGAUUUUGUUCCAUAUAAUACUAAGAAUGCCGAACCAUAUGAAUAUGAUACAAAAAUACCUGAAAAAAAGUUUCGUACACUGGAUAAAAGAAAAGAGGCUACUGUCACCAUACUAGAGAUAGCGGAAGAAGAUUACUUAGGACGACUUUCGAGAUUACAUUUAGCUUUUGCUGAUAAAUUUGGUAUUGAUAAUUUUACGCCACCAGCAAAAGAUACUUUGUCAACAGUUGCAUUAGCUGGCAAAAUUAGUCAAGAAGUUGAUAGUGGUAAAACUGGUUAUCAUCCAUUAAAUGAUAAUGAUAUUAAAAAGUUGAAUAAUGCACUUGAAAAUAAACGACCAGAUUUUAUGGACAAAGCUGGACAACUAUUUCGUUCUUCGAAGCGAAUAUUACCAGGAUGGAAUCGACUUCUUCGACAUCAUCGUCAUUUACGACAUUUACAAGUUCGAACACAAGAUGGGUCUGAAGAAGAUGAAGAGGAAAAUUUAAAAGCUGAUGAUGAAGAGAUGAAGAUUAGCGGAGAUCAGUCACUUCUUCAUGGUGUCGAUCGCGAGUGUCCCGAGUAUCAUGUGUGUGCCAUGUUGGCUAAUAAUUUAAUUUCUGUUUAUCGACAAGAAGUGUUCGAAAUUCUUAAUUUAUAUGGUCUAUCACAUGAAAGCGACUUAUGGUGCCGAAACUCUAUCAAAGGUCUUACUGGUGAACUUGAAGAUACCGCCUACACUGAACUUGAACAGCUGGUAGAUCGUACAAGAACUCAUCUCUUCAAUGAUCAAAUCGUUUAUUGUGAAAAUGAUCUUUGUAAUAUUGAUACAGCAAUUAAAAAGCUAUGCGUGCAAUGUCAAAAACGACAGCAAGCACUAGUAGUUGCAUGUUACUGUGGCUGUUACGAUGGAGAUCUUGCUUCGAAGCAAGCACCCAUUUUAAGUUUACCAUGGAUAUUUGCUUCGGCCCUCUUACAAAAUUGUGUAAGUCAAAAAUCACGACCAUCGCCAAGAGGUGUAUUGAUUAUGGCGAUGAAUCAAACUAUUAUUGACUUAGUUUGCCAGAAAAGAUGGCUUCAAUUAAAUGGUCAGACCUUACGAUUUAGAACAUCGAGCAUUCCUUUUGUUAGUGAAGUUAAUGUUGACUUGACUCUUUGUGUAUUCAUUGAAAUACUUCAAAGCUAUAUGGGACCCAAAAAACAUCGAGAUUGGCCUCUCGUAUUAAGUUGUUUUAUACGAAGUACACCAUUUUUUACAUUAUCGUCUGAACAAUCUCAAUCCACUGACGAAUGGAAACUAGUAUUAAAAUCGCAUCGAGUAGAUUUGGAAGAUGAUUAUGCGGGUAGCCUUCUUUCAAUUCGCUUGACAGAAGAGGACGAUCGUACGAUGCACAAUUAUUUUCAAGGUCUUCUUGACAUUUGUUUUAAUGAAGCACGAUCAACUAAUAAUAUAGACUUGCUCAAGAUCAGUGAAGAUGUUAUAUUAUUAUUGCAAAGGAUGGCUAUCAAUGAGACAAUUACAGAGAUGGCAUGGUAA